GUUCAGACGGCCCGCUGCGACCAGAAGGAAACUCUGCUCCAUCCUCCUAUCGGACUUCUUUGGAUACUUUGUGGUGAAGAACGGAGCAGAGGCUUUUUUUUUCUAUUCCUCUUCGGAAAUGAAGGACAUAUUCACUCCGGAUUGAAAAGGCCAACUAUUUAUAACAUUUGCUCAUUCAUUUGUUCAGAACUGUCAGAUUAGUUUUGCAGUUUUCUGCCUGCUUGUGCGGGAUUUUGACACCCAGACAUCAUGGCUGAGAACAAACACCCGCAUGUGAUUUUCUGCAACGACUCUCCCAAAAGAGUGCUGGUGUCCGUCAUCAAGACCACCCCGAUCAAACCGAGGAAAGCCGAGGCUCUGACGCCGACCAGCCCCGGCUUCAGCGACUUCAUGGUCUACCCGUGGAAAUGGGGGGAGAACGCCCACAAUGUGACCCUGAGCCCGGGCUCGGUGAGCGGGGCUGCGUCCCCCACCGGGACGCAGACGGCCAGAGAGGCGGACACGGCUCCUUCACCUGACCAGAUGAAGGAUGGCAUCCGCAGAGGUCGUCCUCGGGCGGACACGGUCCGGGAGCUGAUCAGUGAGGGGGAGACUUCAUCCAGCCGCAUCCGCUGCAACAUCUGCAACCGAGUGUUUCCCAGAGAGAAGUCUCUCCAGGCCCACAAGAGGACGCACACAGGUGAGAGGCCCUAUCUGUGCGACUAUCCAAACUGUGGGAAGGCGUUUGUGCAGAGCGGCCAGCUGAAGACGCACCAGCGGCUGCACACUGGGGAAAAACCCUUUGUCUGCUCAGAGAAAGGAUGUGGCAACCGGUUCACACACGCCAACCGUCACUGCCCCAAGCAUCCUUUCUCCCGCCUGAAGAGAGAGGAACCAAAGGAAGGCCAGGGGAAGGCUCAGUCUGUGGAUAACAAGGCUGUGGCGGAGUGGCUAGCAAAGUACUGGCGAACCCGCGAGCAGCGCGCCCCCACGACCACCAAGGUGAAGCCGCAGGGAAAGGCGAGAGCGGAAGACCAAGAGCAGCAGGAUCCCAUGGAGUUCCUCCAGUCCGAUGAAGAGAACGGGGAAGAAGAAGAGAUGGCCGAGGAGGAGAAGGGCACCCAGGGAGGAGGAGCAGCGAAACGCCGCCUCCAGGAGCAACGAGAGCGCCUCCACGGGGCUCUGGCGCUCAUCGAGCUGGCCAACAACCUGUCUGCCUGAACACCCACCCAUCCACUUCCCCGAUCCUCAACCCCCCAACAUCCCCCUGCCCUUCAUACCUCCAUCCCCAAUCCGCCUUCCUGCAGCAUGUGCUGUCGCUAUAAAUUGCUCAUACACGCCGAUCAAUGAUUAGUUUAGUUUAUUCUAUAAAGCGGUGAAACCAGACUUGGAGAAGGAGCUGAAUUAGACGGAGAUCAGUGUUAGGGCCAGAAUCAUCGAUGUCCCCCCCCUCACAGCAGCAGGAAGGCACAAGCUAAAGCACCUUAUUCAGCUUCCAUUUUAUCCUCUUUAGGCUGCUAUAAUUGUAGAUUUGACUAUAUGAAGAAUGUCUUUCUUCCUUCUGUCUUCUAAAGGCAAAAGAAAGAACACCUAUUAUGUUUUUUAAAAUUUGUUUUGUUUGCACUUUGGUAACGAGUUUUUUUUGUAAGAAUAUUGUGAGUAUAAGAGAGUGUGUAUGACUGAUGUAUAUAUGGUUUAAGCUCAGAUGGACAGAAUGAUUACAGGGUGUGGUCGAACAUAGGAAAUGCGACGCGGCAUUCCAACUGUCGGAUGGCCUCUCACCGUGAUCCCAGGUUUCAUCUCCGGCGCUAUAAAGCACAAUUUCGCUGCCACCGAUGACAGCGGCGGUUGUGGAAAUGGACUGAGAAAGGUUGCCUCACUGGUACAGCUCUAUUUAAUAAGCGGAGACAGAAGUCAGGGGAGCUGGUUGAGUCUGACACAUGACAUGGGUCAUUUUUUUUUUUUAUUGUUGAGUGCGAGUUGAUCAUUGCAAGCCUAAUCCAGAGGUCUGAUCAGGCUCGAGCUUUUCAGAAAGUUUCACCACUUGUCUCAGUAACUCUACUUGCCUGACAAUACUCGACACGUAUGGGGCUGCAGUUUCCAAUAUCAUGUCUUCUGGAUCGAGUCCAUUCAUAUUUUACAAUGUAAAGCUCCAGAGUACUUGUCAGAACACACCAUAUUUCCAUUUUAAUGCCAGUUACAAGUGUGUUAGAUAGACCUGCAGGCCAAAAAAAGAUGUUUUACAAUCCACGUCAGCCACCUUUUAUAUUAAAAGGCGGCAGAUCAGCGUCAUCGUAGUCGUGUAAUUCUACGUCAUCUCAUUUCAAAGUUCUGAUUUAUUUAUUUCACCAUAUUGCUCUUCUGACUCCUAUUUAGCUCUAUAUCCAGCGCUGGAAUCAUUUGAUAAAAGGGAAGAAAAAAAAAAUCCCAAGAUUGUAAAACACAUUUUGUUGAAGCACUUACUCCCCGUUAAGUCUUGGAUUAAGCUUGCAAUGCACCAACGAUUAGAUUUAUUGUCCAGGAAGAGGGCACCUGUUUUUUUUAAUGAUUUGUGUAGUGCUGGUUUUUUUUGUUUUUUAUUUUAAAGCAACACUACAUCCUUCAACACUGUAAGAAGCGUCUCAUACGUGCCCUGCCUCUGGUUGUUAAACCUCCUCCAGAAACUCUAGUUGUGAUGUUUGAAUCUGAUUUACAAAUUACCCUCAUGGAGUCGCAGUGAAACUGGAAAGCAAACCAAGUUGCUGAUAAUCAAAAAAACCAAAAUGAUCGACCCAAUUAGAGUAUAUUUGGAAGCUUUUUUUUUUUUUUUUUUAACCCUUCGUCUGUUUUGUGGUUUGUGAAAAUGAUGGCAUUUAAUAUAUACAUGUAGUGUUAGGAAUUUGAGCGUGCACAAUUUACAGAGAGCUUUGAUGUUUUUAAUUUUAGUUUCAGUUUUACCCCCCACCUCUGCUAACAUCUUACAAACAGUCAGUUUCCAUAUUUGAGUGUAUAGAGUGAUCCUGCUUGCUUGGUAGACAUUUUAUUACACAUUUUAAACCUUCUCUGACAGGCUGUCCACACUGUUUUGUUGAUCUUCAAUAAACAUUCACAGAACCUGA